GCCCGUGUCCACCGCGUCCUCUCCUGCCCGUCGCUCACGCCGCCAACACUACCAGGCUACCAGCUCAGCUCGCGCUCGUCCGGCCGCCUCCUUUCGCCUGCCAGCACCCACCAUGCCACACGGCCACAGGGGCAUGCAGCCCGCCACGACGGUGCUCGCGGUGAAGGCGGCCCUGGCGCUGGCCGCGGCCGCGUCCCUGGCGCGCCUCGCAGUCCCGCGCCUCGCGUCCGCGGCCGGCGCCGUGCUCCCGCGCGUCUGGGCCGCCGCGCGCCUCUGCCUCGUCCCGCCCUACCUCUUCGUCACCGUGCACCUCAUCAUCCUCGUCAUCUGGAAGCUGUCCUCCGACCACAGCCACGUCCACGUCCACCAUCAGCCCGGCGCGCCGCCAUCGCCCGCUGCCCACGCCCGCGCCGCGGAGGUGCCGGUGCCGCCCGUCAAGGCCAAGGCCAAGCAGGAGGAGGACUGCGAGGAUCUGCAGGCCGAGUUCUCCCCCACGGGCUCCGGCGGCGGCGGCAGCGAGUCCUGCGUCACCACGGAGUCCGACGAGGACGCCUCCUCCUCCGCCCUCCUGGAGCGGGAGCGGGAGCCCUCGCUUGACGGCGACGCCGACCACGACCUCGACGCCACGUGGAACGCCAUCAUGCGGAGGACGCGCCCCGCUCCCGCUGCUCCUGCUCCCGCGCAGCACCAGCACCAGCACCACCACCACCAACCGCCGAGAACCCGGGACCCGUCGGUCGGCGCGGAGGAGAUGAACCGCCGCUUCGACGACUUCAUCGAGAAGAACCGCAACUCCUUCGGCCGGCGGUAGCUAGGCCUAGGCGACCUCCCGACCCGAUCGAUCCAGCCUCGCCGCCGUACGAUACAUACGUACAUAGCACAAGACGCAUGCAUCUUUGGUUGUGGUUGUUUUUUUCUUCUCUUUUUCAUCUUGGUGUACAUAGCACAAGGCACAAGUAAUUUAUAUCUUACCUACUCGGUGAGAGUGAAACAGCACAGU